CUCUCUCUCUCUCUCUCUCUCUCUCUCUCUCUCUAUCUGCGCAAUCCUGGAGGCCGACCAGGCUUCCGGCCGGUUUUCUCAUUUGGCAAUAGCCGGAUUGAUCGUUUCCGGUGAGAAAGUAUGUCGGCGAUUCCCUAUCUGAAGGAAGCACGUACGUCGUAUUUCCUGGUGAUCUGCUCUGCGUCGGUUUUCCUUUAGCCAGGCUCCGCGUGCUCCCCCCGUGUUCGCGUUUGUUUUUUCUUCUGUGUAGCCGGAAAACCUUAGGGUUUCCGGGCUCUAGGGUUUGGGAUCAGUACAGGGGUCUCCCGUCCCGUUCGCGAGGAUGCCUUGCGUGAGGCUGGAUCCGGCCGAUAAGGACGCCGAGCCGUUCGUGGAGGUAGACCCGACGGGGCGCUAUGGGCGUUACAGCGACCUCUUGGGCUCGGGCGCGGUCAAGAGGGUUUACAGAGCGUUCGAUCAGGAGGAAGGGAUCGAGGUCGCGUGGAACCAGGUGCAGCUGCGGAAUUUCACAGAUGAUCUGUCGAUGCUGGACCGGCUCUUCGCCGAGGUCCGGCUGCUGAAGUCCCUCCGGAACCAAAACAUUAUCGUGCUGUACGCCGUGUGGGUGGAAAAGGAGCCGAGCACCCUCAACUUCAUAACGGAAGUCUGCACGUCCGGGACUCUGCGCGAGUACCGCAAAAAGCACCGGCACGUCUCUCUCAAGGCCCUAAAGAAGUGGUCCAAGCAGAUUCUUCAGGGCCUCGAGUACUUGCACACCCACGAGCCGUGCAUCAUCCACCGCGACCUCAACUGCAGCAACGUCUUCAUCAACGGCAACGUCGGCAAGGUGAAGAUUGGCGACUUGGGUCUGGCGGCCAUAGUUGGAAGCGACCACUUAGCACACUCGAUACUCGGAACGCCCGAGUUCAUGGCUCCCGAGCUUUACGAAGAGGACUACAACGAGCUGGUCGACAUAUACUCCUUUGGCAUGUGCGUGCUCGAGAUGGUCACCCUGGAGAUCCCUUACAGCGAGUGCGACAGCAUAGCCAAGAUAUACAAGAAGGUUACCUCCGGCAUCCGGCCGGCGGCCAUGAACAAAGUCAAGGACCCCAGCGUCAAGGCCUUCAUUGAGAAGUGCCUGGCCGCUCCCCGAGCCAGGCCUUCUGCCUCCGAGCUUCUCAAGGAUCCGUUUUUCGCCGGCUUAGAGGACACCUACUAACCAACCAUGAACAUCAACUCUCCGUUCUUUUUUUUUCCUAGUCUCUUCACUGUAAAUAUUGGGACGCAGGAUACGGCUUUUGCUUUUUUCUUUUUUUGUUUGCAUGUUUUGCGUUUCUCCUCUUGGUUGAAUAAACACUGGUCUCGUCUUCUC